CUCCCCUUUUGCUUAUCUGUUCUUCUUUGAUUCGAUUAUUACUAUUUGAACCAACCAGUGCUUCUCCUCCUCGAUCGGCUUUGGUUUCGAUCUGUAUCCGCCAAUCAGUUGCAAUGGAUGAGACUAAAUUCAAAGAGCUCAGACACGCCGAUGUCUAUUGUGUGGACGUCGCUUUCGUUUCUUCCUCCUCGUCAUCCACCAGUGCUCUCUUUGGCCAGCAAUCCACAGAAAAUCAGAAUUACAGCAUAAACUUUGAACUGCCAGUGGCUUUUGAUGAUGAAAAAGCAGUGGAGAAAGGCAACGUCAGUUCACUGAUUGAAGAAUUACCUGAACUUUCUGAGUUGCCAGAACAGGAAAGCACAGGAAAACUUGGAAAGUAUAAUUUGCGCAAAAGUUUAGAUUGGGAUACAGCAUUCUUCACUAAUGCAGGUCUUCUAGAACCUGGGGAAUUGUCUUGCAUGAUCAAAGGAGUAAACAAUGGUGGAAAACAUUUUUCACCUGGAAUUGCAGAGGAUAUACAUAGAUCUAAUGAUUCAAUCUCUACAUUAGAAAGUGAGAGUUUGACAAUGGGAAGUCUGGAAGCUGAUCUGUUUGAGAACAUCAGAGCUUCAAUUCAGAAAUCCAGUAAAGCAUAUCACAUGGCAAUUUCUGGUAAAACUGCACCCAGAGAGAAAAAAACCCAAGUUUUCUGUUCACCACAUGUUCCCAGUGCUGUAUGUGAUGUGCCUCUUUGCCAUCUUUACGUCAACUACCCCUCUACUUCUAAGAAAACAGUAAUGGUGAAGUCAGAACCCGCUGCCAAGAACCAAGGGGCUGGAAUGCAAGGACCAGAGAAACUGAUAAAACAGAGAGUUGGUUAUUCACUGGGCAUACAGCCUGUUCAAAGAAAUGGAGGCUUGAAUUCAUUCCUCAGGAACAGGAAAGCUUCAAAGGAAAUUAGCAAGUCUUCUCCUAUUUCGUCAGCACCGCUUGAGAGGCCUUCUUUGGGCAAUGAUAAAGCAAGAAGUGCCUCUGUUUAUGGUAGAGUGCAUCUUGCAUCAGAUAGUUGUCCAAGUAGGGCUGCGACUAAGCCUGCAGUAUCUUCGAAAUCCCCCUCUCCAAGUUCUUCAACAACAAAGAAAGAGCCAUUGAAGUCUUCUUCAUCGUCUGCUCGUUCUGGCAGUCGUUCACCUGCCAAUAUUUGUGCAUCUUCUGUGAAAUCCACUAGAAGGAAGUUUGGAACCGCCAAGAUUGCCAAUCUGACUUCUGAUGGUUUGAUCCUCAAAACACGAGGGUCCAGUACUAUCUCUAGUAAUGUGUCUCCUGUUAGUUCUAUUAGUGAAUGGUCCUCAGAAUCAUCUUCAUCAGCUUCAAGGAAUAGCUUUGAUACUGGUUCUCCUUGUAGAUCCCAAGAUAAUGAUAUCCCUCCUCCGGAUUGUUGCAAUCAAUCCAAUGGUCAUGUCUCAGAUGAACAUAAUAAGGCAACUCUACCGCAUGGUGAAACUAUAAAAGCAGUUUCAGGGCAGCUUGGUGGACAUUCUCAACCGGCUAUGGCAAAACCCUCAGGUCUGCGAAAGCCAUCGGCAAGGAUUGGAUUUUUCGAUUGGGACAGUCCUACUCUCGUUUGUUGAAAUUGCUUAUUGAGAAGCAGUUUUGCCGAUGUGAUUGAUUCUGUUGCAAUGAGCUAUAAAAACUCCUCUCCAAGGAGGUUAUUGUUCCCCUCUGUAUAUUGAAAAACAUUUGUUAGUAUACUCUUUUUAACUUUAUACAUUCUUCAUUACAAUGUAAUUUCACCACAGUUGUUAUCAUAAAUUGCAAAUGCAUCAUU